AUGCAAGAUAACGCCCAACCACACACCGCACGAUGCCUUAAUGAUUAUCUUUCGGAGGUGAGGAUUUUUAAAUUGGAGUGGCCAGCACGAAGCCCAGACAUGAAUCCCAUAGAACAUGUCUGGGAUAUGCUUAAACGUCGCACCCGAUCCAAUCUCAACCCUCUAGAGAAUUUCAGUGCACUGAAAACCGCUCUGGUGGCCGCCUGGGAAGGAAUACCCCAAAGGGAUAUCAAAAACAUCACCCACACCAUGCCUGAUUGUAUGCAGGCGGUUAUCAGGGUCAGAGGUGGAAAAAACCGCUACUUACGUUAG